AUGGCAAAUGCCCAAGUGCCUGUUGCAACCAUCAACCCAUUUGGAGACAGUCCCGUUCAGGUUGCCUGUCCCAGUUGCCAUCAGACCGUCGUCUCUAAGGUCGAAUUCUCCUCUGGUUUGCUCACCUACCUGUUCUGCGGCGGCCUCUUCUUCUGCGGCUUUGUCCUAGGUUGCUGUCUCAUCCCAUUCUGUGUGGACCGGCUGAAAGAUGCCAAACACACCUGUCCUACCUGCAAGACUGUCCUGGGCGUGUACAAACGCUUAUAA